AUGCGCUUGAUCUUUGAGUCUUCUCUCAGAACGGAGCUCAAUGCAUUCGCUGCAACAGGAAGGUCAUUCCACCACGAAGUGAGGGCCUAUCUCCAAAAAGCCUUCACCAAAGGUUCACCCUAUUCGAACCUCCUGGAAGGAAACAAGGAAUUACAGGCAAAAGCUUUGAUUCCUCUGAAAGACAUCACCAAUCAUCUCCCGCUGGCAAUAGGGGACUAUACCGAUCUCUUCGCGGGCAAAAACCAUCCAUUCAAUGUGGGCACACUUUUCCGCGGUCCACAAAAUGCCUUACUGCCCAACUAUACUCAUCUCCCCAUUGCUUAUCAUGGUUGUGCCUCUUCAGUUGUAGUUUCAGGAACUCCUUUGAGAAGACCCUGGGGUCAGAUCUUGUUGGAUCCAUCGGCCGAACCUAAAGUUCCUACAUUUACACCGACCCGUCGCCUCGAUAUUGAAUUAGAACUUGGUAUGUUUGUUAGUACUGGAAAUGAACUUGGGGAGCAAAUAGAUGUCAACAAAGCUGAAGAACAUAUAUUUGGAUACGUGCUCAUGAACGAUUGGUCCGCUCGCGGCGUUCAGACUUGGGAAUAUGUGCCUUUGAGUCCUUUUAAUGCAAAGAACUUCGGAACCACCAUCAGCCCAUGGGUGGUGGUUCUUGCGGAUGCCCUCGCACCGUUCAAAACCACCGGCUUGAAGAAUGAAACGCCACUGCAAAGAUAUCUACAGGAAAAUGAACAAAACAAUGCUCUCGACGUCAACUUAGAAGUUGAUCUUACAACAUCUUCUGGAAACACAACGACAAUCUCUCGAACUAACUCUCGAAAGCUUUUGUGGUCAUGGCCCCAGAUGGUCGCCCACCACAGCGUAUCAGGAUGUAAUCUCCGUCCCGGCGACCUUUUCGGAUCAGGCAGUAUUAGUGGCGAAGAGCCUGGCACACAGGGCAGUCUCUUGGAGCAAAUUCAGGGUGGCAAGGUAGCUAUCCAGCUCAAUGGUGGUGAAGAACGGAGGUUUUUGCAGGAUGGUGAUACAAUCACUAUUCGUGGCUGGAGUGGCCAAGAUGGUGGUCUUGUUGGCUUUGGCGAUGCCGUUGGCAUGAUAUUGCCAGCCGUAGAACGGGUGUAA